AUGCCGCCAAAGUUCGACCCGUCACAAGUAGUCGACGUCUUCGUCCGGGUAACCGGCGGCGAAGUGGGUGCCGCCAGUUCUCUUGCUCCGAAGAUUGGUCCCCUUGGUCUUUCGCCAAAGAAAAUCGGUGAAGAUAUCGCUAAGGAAACCGCCAAAGACUGGAAGGGUCUCCGUGUGACCGUCAAGCUUACCGUUCAGAAUCGCCAAGCCAAGGUGACUGUGGUUCCCUCUGCCGCCGCCCUUGUCAUCAAGGCCCUCAAGGAGCCCGAGCGUGAUCGUAAGAAGACCAAAAACAUUAAGCACAAUGGCAACAUCUCCCUAGAUGACGUCAUUGAGAUAGCCAAAGUAAUGGCUCCACGAUCCAUGGCCAAGGACUUAUCCGGCACCGUUAAGGAGAUCCUCGGGACGUGCGUCUCGGUUGGGUGUACGGUCGACGGGAAGGACCCUAAGGAUCUGCAGCAGGAGAUUACCGAUGGUGAUGUUGAGAUUCCACAGGAUUGA